AUGGAGUGGAGAACUAGUUAUCUUGAUGUAGUUCUGGUGCCAAUGGGGAUGAUGAUAUGUAUGGGGUAUCAUGCAUGGCUGUGGCAUAAGAUUCGAACGCAGCCCCUCACCACCGUCAUCGGAACAAAUGCCCGCGGCCGUCGGUUUUGGGUCUCCUCCAUCAUCAAGGACAACGAGAAGAAGAACAUCCUUGCGGUGCAAACCCUCCGCAACACGAUCAUGGGGUCGACGCUGAUGGCGACGACGUCGAUCCUCCUGUGCUCGGCCCUGGCGGCGGUGGUGAGCAGCACGUACAGCGUGAAGAAGCCGCUCAAGGACUCGGUGUACGGCAGCCACGGCGAGCUGAUGACGGCCGUGAAAUACGUGAUGCUCCUCCUCCUCUUCCUCUUCUCCUUCAUUUGCCACUCCCUCUCCAUCCGCUUCUUCAAUCAGGUCAAUGAUGGAGUACUCAAUUUCCUCAUCAAUUGCGCCGCCGACGGCGCGAUCGCGGCGGAUUACGUGGCGGAGCUGCUGGAGAGGGGGUUCGUGCUCAGCACGGUGGGGAAUCGGCUCUUCUACGGCGCGGUGCCGCUGCUGAUGUGGGUUUUGGGGCCGGUGCUGGUGUUCCUCUGCUCCGUCGCGAUGGUGCCGCUGCUGUAUAAUUUGGAUUUCAUCUUCGCGGCGGAGAAGGGGAAUCAUUUUAAUUAUGGUGUGUGA